AUGGACUUAAUUUAUCAAGGUCUGACAUAUUGGGAUUAUUUGUUUGUGAGCCAAAGCCGGUGUGAUGGAUACAAAUAUCAAAAGCAGAUGGUAUGCUGUGCGGACCCCAAUGGUUUGCUACCAGAACCACCGAACUGUGGCAAACAAUGGUCACACUAUGUAUCCGGUAAUCAGACAACAUCAAUAGCUGAGCAUCCGUGGACGGCUUUGUUGAAGAUUAGCUUUCUGAGCAUAGCUGCACAUUUUCAUUGCGGCGGUGCGCUCAUCAACAAGCGUUAUGUUCUAACGACUGCCCACUGUAUAACUUCAAUUGAAUCAGGUUGGGGCCUCCGUAGUGUGCGCCUUGGUGAGUGGGAUAUGAACUCUAAGGUUGAUUGUGAAGAUGGCCUCUGCAAUAACACACCAAUCGAUGUGGAGAUAGAAAAGAUUAUUAUACACAAAGAUUAUUCAGCUGAAGAUAAAAAUCGGCAGAACGAUAUAGCGCUGAUACGCCUUGAUCGUGAUGUAAAAUAUUCCAGUUCCAUUCGUCCGAUUUGUCUUCCGCUGAGUUCUUCGGAUAAUCCACACGAAGAUACGUCUAUGUAUUCUACCGGUUGGCAUGAAGAUGGAGUUUUGAAAAAGUUAAAGACGGAACUGAGCAUUGUUGAUGCAAAGAACUGCACACAGAUCCAUCAACGUGAUGGUAUCUCCCUGCAAUCGACACAGGUUUGCACCCGUGCAGUACGGCAGAAUGAUACGUGUAGCGGAAAUUCUGGUGGUCCAUUGAUGCAACAGCAGAAUGGCUUUUGGUAUUUGCACGGUGUGGCCAGCUUUUUUAAUUGUGGAGAAAAUGGUGUACCGGACGUUUACACGAAUGUGACACAGUACAUCGAUUGGAUCCGGAAUAACAUUAACUGUGGGGCGCAAAACUCAAUGCGUCUUUAUGGAGGACAGCUAACGCAGCUCGACGACUUUCCCUGGACUGCAUUGAUUGAGUACGCUAAACCAGACGGCAGUUACGGCUAUCACUGUGGAGGAACUCUUAUCAAUCAAGGUCACAUCGUAACUGCUGCCCAUUGCGUUAGCUCCCUUCCCGAUGGGUGGAUAAUCCAUGGGGUACGGCUCGGCGAGUGGGAUCUUUCGACAAAACUGGACUGUGAGCACGAAUACUGUAACGAACCUGUGGUUGAUAUGAAGAUCGCCAAGAUCAUCGUACAUGAAGGGUAUAACGCGCGGAACGCUAGCCACAAGCUAGGUCAAAGCUGUGUUAAUCCUGCAGGUCAGCAAGGCAAAUGCAUCUUGUUUCGCGAAUGUCCGCCACUUUUGGCCUUAUACAACAAGUAUUUUACAACGCCGGACGAUACGAGAUUCCUUGCGAACAGUCGCUGCGGAGAGCUGGAUCGCCGAACAUUGGUUUGUUGUGCGGAAGGAGCUCUCACUGGCCCACAGACCAUCAACAAUGCACUUCCGACAUCGCCACAGUGCGGCAUUCAGUUGUCGGACCGUGUCGUUGGUGGUCAGUCUACGGAGUUGGAAGAGUUCCCGUGGAUGGCGCUUAUUCAGUAUCGGAAACCGGGGGGUUUGUAUAACUAUCACUGUGGAGGAGCGCUAAUCAACGCUCGAUACAUUCUGACGGCAGCUCACUGCGUUCAAUCACUUCCUCGUGGUUGGGAACUCAACCAAAUACGGCUCGGCGAAUGGGAUCUUAGCUCGGCGAACGAUUGUUCGAAUGGUAUCUGUUCGGCACAGCCGAUAGAUCUGAAAGCAGAGCGGACUAUUGUCCACACCGGUUACAACGCGCAAGACACAAGCCACGCGAACGAUAUUGCACUGAUACGUCUCACACGAGAUGUAUCGACAUCCCGAACGAUACGACCCAUCUGUCUACCAGUGGCGGAACCGCUACGUAGCCGAAGCUUUGUCGGGCUGUCCAGCUUCGCUGCCGGCUGGGGCAGAACGGAAACUAGUGCUGCUAGUGAGAAGAAGCUCAAGGUUGAACUGAAUGUGCGUGAUCUUGGCGACUGUUCGCAGGUUUAUAGAGGCUUAGGAAUAGUUCUGCAAGGUAAGCAAAUGUGUGCCGGUGGAGAACGAGGCAAGGAUUCCUGCACCGGUGAUUCUGGUGGACCACUGAUGACAAGACUCGGCGGUGCCUGGUAUGUGAUUGGUGUCGUUAGCUUUGGAUUGAGUAAGUGUGGGACUGCCGGUUAUCCAGGUGUUUACACCAACGUGUCAAAGUACAUGGAUUGGAUUGAAAGUAAUGUGCAGUAG